AAACCUUGUGUGGGCGGAGGAAAAGCCUAGUAUUUUGUCCGUCCUGAAAUUUGAUUCAGAAGUUCAGGAUCCUGGAAGACAAAAAGCGAACGGAGGGGGAGGGAAGAAAGGCAGAGAAGGAACGGAGGGUUUUAUUUUUUAACUGCGAGAGGAGCGAACUCAACAAAAUACUCCAACUUUCACCAAAUUUGUGUGACUAUGAGCACCUCGGGGCUUCAGGCCACUGCCCGGCAAAAUGCGAAGGAGCUCGACAGCAUGAAGGAGUCCAUCAGCGAUAUCAUCAACCAGCUGCAGGACAUCGACCCGGCCAGGCUCUCCUUCUCCCCUUUCCUGGACCUGGACACUCAGAUCUCCUUGGCUCCGGUGUCGGACAGCCCUGAAUCCUCGGUGGAGGAGCUGCACUCGUCCUCCCACUCGGUCUCCGGCUCCCAGCGCUCCCUUGAACCGCCACCAAUGACGGAUCAGCCCAGGAGCUCAGCUCCCGGCCACCAGCAGCUCAGCGUCGCUCUUGCCGAGGGGCCUCGAGCGGAUCAAACAGAGGAGGGGGAGCUGGAUCAUCCCCUUUCCGGUCCGAUCGUCACAACGCAUCAUUUGGACGCCUCCACGGAAAACUGCAUCGGCUCUCCAACCCUGGCGUCUGAGGGAGACAUUCCCAAUGGCACAGACAGGCCGCGCUGGAGUCCAGAAUCUACCAACCUGGACUGUACUGUGGACGAGGGCCGGCCCCUGAUAGGCCCGCCACAGGAGAGCGUGGAGCUGGCCGUGUGGAGCUUACAGGGGCAGGGACAGACUAGCCAGGCCACAGAGGAGGCUGCGGAUCGGGGUCAAUGCUGCUGCCUCUGCUGUCAGUGUAAAUGCUGUCAGAGCGGCCGAGUGCCGGCGUUCCUCUCGGUGUUGGCCGCUCUUCUGUGCUCGGCUGGGAUCUUCUAUGCACUCUAUUUCUACGUCCCCAUCAGACCCCCAGACUGCCCCGACGUGAGCAGCCGCAUCGUUUUCACCCUCUGCUGCUGUGUUGUGGCUGCCAUCCCCAUCCUGCUCGCGAUGCUCUUGGGUGCAACAUGCCAGUUCUGCUCUGGCUCCUUCAGUCUGCAGGAGCUGCCUCCAAGAAGAUGUGCUGUGCAGCAGCACUUUGUCACAGCUUCCUCGCAACAGCUGCUCCUUUACAUCCUCAACCUCGUAGUGAUGGCUGCUUUACUGCCCCAAGACCAGCUGAAACUGGUCCCCAUACUGGUCGCCAUGUUUAUCAUUGGAAGGCUCGUUUACUGGGCCGGCCUGAACACGUGCAGCUCUUGGCGAGGCUUUGGCUCGGGUCUGACCAUCUUCCCGCUCCUCGCCAUGGUGGCCCUCAAUCUGUUCCUCAUGUACAUGCGCAAUCUGAAAGAGCCACUGCUCUUUGGCUCUCAGGACGUCCUCUAUAAUCAGGUCACCCCCUCUUCCUGGUCAGUGGACGCAUCACAGAGCCCGAGUGACAAACCAGACAUCCUAACCACAGACAUCCUGGACGCUCAGUGAGGAGGCGAGCUGCGCUUUCUUCUUGAAGAGGAGAAGAACUUUCCAAAAAUAGGCCAUUCCUGUGGUUGGCAGUUCAGCACGGCUAUACACCGCUCUGUGACAGCUUCACUUUGAGUCUCUGCUCCUCCUAUACCAAGUCUUUUUAUGUGGAUUCAUGCUUAUUAUCUGCAAUGCAAAAGCUCUGCCUGCCAGUGGCCGAGGGCACCUUUGAACAAUGCUGUACUCAUAAAACAUUUGUCCUUUUAAGCUAUUCCAGUGCCUGUAUUUAAAGUUCUGGACUCUAAGUACUUAAAAGCUCGGCUAUAUAUAAAGCUGAAUUUCAUUUGACCUUCAAACACAACUAAAGCAGCUACAGUCAUGAAGCUUUAUUAUUAUUUCAAAAGUUUGUACAUGAUGAUGAAGGCAGAAUAAAAGCCAGUUGUAUAAAAAGAAUUGAAACUUCCUUCCAUCGGUGGUUUUCCACUGGCCUCUUGCUCUCUGUUUUGCUCCAGCUAUUCC